AUGAAGUUCUACCAGCACAUCCUUGCCUUGGCCUUUGCUGUGAAGGAGAUCAAUGAGGACUCCCAGAUCUUACCUAACGUCACUCUUGGGUUCCACAUCUAUGACAGUUACUACAAUCCAAGGAUGACCUAUCGCACCACCAUGGACCUGCUUUUCAAAUCCCAGGAAUUUGUCCCUAACUACAAAUGUGACAGCCAGAAGAAUCUUAUGGCUAUUGUUGGAGGAUUGAAUUUUGAUACGUCAUCUUAUGUAGCUAAACUCAUAGGAUUCUUCAAGAUUCCACAACUGACAUAUGGCUCAUUGGCCCAAGAGGAAUUCCAGACCAGUAAGCUCUCUUCAGUUUACUUCAUGGUUCCCAAAGAGGACCAUCAGUACAUUGGGAUUAUCCAGCUGCUUCAUCAUUUCAACUGGACAUGGAUUGGGAUUUUUGCUGUUGAUAACAACAGUGGAGAAAAUUUCUUACAGAAAAUGCAGCCCUUACUUUCACAGAAUGGAAUAUGUUCAUCAUUUGUACAAAGGCUUCCACAACUAGUCCACUUGGAAUAUUGUCAAAAAUCUUUUCAAACAAUUCAAAUUAUUGCCCUCAAUAUGAUGAACAGCAAAGCAAACACAUUUCUUGUCUAUGGAGAAUCCUUGACAAUAAUGUGGCUAAAGAUAGCCAUUUUUAUAGUAGAUCCUGAAAGCAAGGAAAUUGCCUUAUUUGGAAAGGUGUGGAUCAUGACUGCACAGAUUGAUUUUGUACUAUCAGGAUUUCAAAUCCGUUGGGAUCUCCAGAUGUUCCAUGGGGCUAUUUCCUUCAUUGUCCAUUCAACUGAAGUUGCAGGUUUCAAGGAAUUUCUUCUGAGCAUAAAUCCUAUUUCAAUCUCCAGUGAUGGUUUUUUGCAGGAUGUUUGGGAACAAUCAUUUGAGUGUUCAUUUCCAAAAGCAGAAUUGAAAGAAAUAUAUAGUAGGAAAUGCACUGGGGAGAUGAAGCUGGAGGAUCUUCCUGGGCCUGUGUUUGAAAUGGAAAUGACUGGUCAAAGCUACAGUAUCUACAAUGCUGUUUAUGCUGUGGCCCAUGCUUUGCAAGCACGACUCAUGCUGAGAUAUAAUAUUAAAAAAACAACGAUGAAUGAACAAACUGGCCACUUAGAUCUCCAGGCUUGGCAGGAUCUUCCAUUGUCUCGGUGCAAUGACCCUUGUUUCCCUGGGUCCUGGAAGAAGGGGAUCGAGGGGGAACAGUUCUGCUGCUAUGACUGUGUUCCAUGCCCAGAAGGGAAGAUUUCAAAUCAAAAUGCAAAUAUGGAUGAUUGUUUUGAAUGUCCAGAAGAUCAUUAUCCAAAUAAAGAAAAGAAAGGAUGUAUCCUGAAACCGGUGGUGUUUCUAACCUUUGAAGAAACUUUAGGAAUUUGUUUAGCCUCAGCAGCUCUUUGUUUCUUCUUCUUGACCUGUUGGGUACUUGGAACAUUUAUUAAGCACAGGGAUACUCCCAUUGUCAAAGCCAACAACCGGUCCCUCACCUACACCCUGCUUGUCUCUCUUCUGCUCUGUUUUCUCUCCUCUUUCUUCUUCCUCAGCCAACCUGGCAAAGUGACCUGCCUUCUCCGACAAUCAACGUUUGGCAUUACUUUCUCAGUGGCCAUUUCUAGUGUACUGGCCAAAACGAUCACUGUGGUUGUGGCUUUCAGGGCUACUAAACCUGGUUCUCAGAUGAGGAAAUGGAUGGGGAAAAGAUUGGCUUUUUCUAUUGUACUUUCCUGCUCUCUCUUAGAAAUAUGUAUCUGUAUUCUUUGGUUAUCAACAUCUCCCCCAUUCCCUGAGUUGCACUCAGAGCUCCAAGAAAUGAUUUUACAAUGCAAUGAGGGAUCAGCUUUCUUCUUUUAUUGUGUCUUGGGCUACAUGGGUAUCUUGGCCAUUGCCAGCUUUAUUAUGGCUUUCCUUGCCCAUAAAUUACCCAACAGCUUUAAUGAAGCCAAGUUCAUCACCUUCAGCAUGUUGGCCUUUUGCAGUGUUUGGAUCUCCUUUUUUCCAUCCUAUCUGAGCACAAAAGGCAAAGCCAUGGUAGCUGUGGAGAUCUUCUCCAUCUUGGCCUCCAGUGCUGCACUACUGGGAUGCAUAUUCUUGCCAAAGUGCUACAUCAUUGUUUUCAGACCUGACCUCAACCACAGGGAGCAACUCAUAAAGAGGAACUAA